AAGCCCAUCGGUGCCUGGGAGGAGACGAAACCUCCCCAAUGGAAGAGUUGGCAAAAGAGCCCACAGCAGAAGCAGGAGCUGUGUGUGCCUCAGCCCUUCCAUGCCGAUUCACCAGCCUACUGUAACGCCUGCUUGAUGAGGCUAGACUCGGAGGAGAAAGAGGCUCUGGAUUACAUCGAAGCCUUUCUCACGAGCAAUGAACAGGACGAGGCCAAGAAACUCAAGUUCUUGGAUUCCAUCAGCACCCUCAGAAGCCUGCCUGCUUUUAUGAACAAAGCCCUGCUAGUGGAGAAGAUAAAGGAGCUGAUUGAUCACGAGUCCGUCGACUCCCUGACCGGCGUGAUGCGUCAGCAAGCUAUGCUCGCCAUCAUGAAGCUGAGCAAAAUGAAGCUACCGGUGCGGAUCCUGACACAACCCAGCCUGCUCGCCACCUGCUUCUCCAGCAUCUUCUCCCUGCCUCCAGCACACACCAUGGAGGAGGUGGAGGCUGCUCUCUACACCAAAACUUUGAAAACCAUGGAUGAGAUGCUGAAGGCCUUGGUGUGCGAGGAUCAGGAGCCCAACCUUCUGGUGCUGCAAAUCAUCUUGAAGGAAGUGGAGGAGUUCAGAGUCCUGGGCCAGCUGGUGGGGUGUCUCACUCUGUGCUGUGUGGAGCAGGAGCAGGAGAUCUGGCAAUCGGCUGUGGAGGGACUUCACCACCUCUUCUCCUUCAUGCAGCUGCUAAAAUCCAAAAUGCUGGUGAAGCACGCGCAGAGUAUCAGCAGAUCCUCAAGGACAGUCAAACUGAGAGAGCCUUCUGGGUCACCAACAUCAGCAAUAUCACAUCGGUAA